AUGAGCAGAGCACCGCCGCUUUCACAUUCCUAUUCUUCGCCCAAGCUGGGUGCGGCAGCCAUCUACAGCACCAGCUCUCCCUCGGGCUCGCCACGGCCUUACUUUGCCCAGCACUUGCCUGGCACUAUGUCCCCCUACCGCGACGCAUCCGCACGGUAUACACAUCUCGGAAGUCCCAGGAUAAGCUCGCUCAGUCGAGACGCUACAGCCGCUCUCAAAGGAUCCAACUAUCCCACCUCUUCCUCUCGACCCACCUCUCCUGCGCCCGGCUCGCCGUCUGCGAGCAGUAACAGCGAAGAGUCUAGCUCCUCUUCCCCCUCGCGCGGUCACCGUGGACAUGCAGACGGUGAGGAUUCGGAACGUCCCCUUCUCACUCGAGGCGACUCGUCAAGUCGAAGAGACGCCAGUUCGUCUCAUCACGAUACCUACCGUGACGCACCUUCCAUUUCGGCUUCCGGACACAAUGCCGACUCUCCUGGCGCCAUCAAGCGUGCUCAUCUCUUGCAGCAAAUAGAUACCAAAGUUCUAGCGCCUCUUCGACACGAUCCGGCGCGCUUGGGCUCGGAAGCAGUCUUUGCUGUACCUUUGACGGUCGAUCUGACUACCGUCUUGCCAGUCGGAUGGCUCCGAGACUCACUGUGCAUUUUGGCUUCCGUUCAGACCGGAAUUUGGUUUGCUCUAGAAAGUGUGGAUUAG